CUAUUUGUCACAAGGCGUGUCGGUGCAGAGCAUUGCAUGGAGCUAUAAGUUAGGAAAGUCAACAGUACGCGAAAUCAUAUUAGAGACGUGUGAAUUACCCCCACCUGUGCCACUGUUUGACGUGUCACCGGAACCUUUUCCUUACAUUUUCGUUGGAGAUUCUGCAUUCCCAUUACGAAAUAAUUUAAUGCGCCCAUUUCCCGGAGCUAAUCUAACACACACGAAACGUAUUUUCAAUUACCAAUUGUCACGCCCUCGUAGAGUCAUAGAAAAUUCCUUUGGUAUAUUGACUGCUCGGUGGAGAAUUUUGAAAACAACAAUUGAAUGUAAUCCAGAAAAUUGUCUGCACUUUAAACGCAGCUUGCAGCAUUUCCUCUAUUGUUUUUCGUCGUUCAUUUUAUUCAAAAGUAAUAAAAGUGCUGAAUGA